CAAAUAUGGAGGAACUGCCUGAUUCUAUUUGAACUCUGAUGUCUAGGACUGGGGCUUGUAUGAAGGGAAGUGGAGGAGGUGCCAUGGCUGUCCAUGGCCACUAGAGGCGCUCAGGGCUGGGCAGGGUAUGGGGGCUGUGUAUAUGUGAUCUCCCACUACCCCCCACCUGGCCAGAGCUAAAAUAAUAAAAUGCUGAGCUCACUGUUCCCCCACCCUCUCCCCCGGCACCGGGCUCCUGCUGCUGCUGGGACAGUGCUCUAGUAGAACAGACCGACCUACUGACACGGGGGAGGCUCUGUGAGUGCCACACAGUGGGGAGGGGGUGAGGGCCACCAUGUCAUCAUAUCAGAAGGAACUGGAGAAAUACAGAGACAUAGAUGAAGAUGAGAUCCUGAGGACCUUGAGCCCCGAGGAGCUAGAGCAGCUGGACUGCGAGCUGCAGGAGAUGGACCCUGAGAACAUGCUCCUGCCAGCUGGACUAAGACAACGUGACCAGACAAAGAAGAGCCCAACGGGGCCACUGGACCGAGACGCCCUUUUGCAGUACUUGGAGCAGCAGGCACUAGAAGUCAAAGAGCGUGAUGACUUGGUGCCCUUCACAGGCGAGAAGAAGGGGAAACCCUAUAUUCAGCCCAAGAGGGAAAUCCCAGCAGAGGAGCAGAUCACCCUGGAGCCCGAGCUGGAGGAGGCACUGGCAAAUGCCACAGAUGCUGAAAUGUGUGACAUUGCAGCAAUUCUGGACAUGUACACACUGAUGAGCAACAAGCAAUACUAUGAUGCCCUCUGCAGCGGAGAAAUCUGCAACACUGAAGGCAUUAGCAGUGUGGUACAGCCUGACAAGUAUAAGCCAGUGCCGGAUGAACCCCCAAAUCCCACAAACAUUGAGGACAUGCUAAAGAGGGUCCGAAGCAAUGACAAGGAGCUGGAGGAGGUGAACCUGAACAACAUACAGGACAUCCCGCUAGCCAUGCUAAGUGAGCUGUGUGAGGCAAUGAAGACAAAUACCUAUGUGCGGAGCUUCAGUCUGGUAGCCACGAGGAGUGGUGACCCCAUCGCCAAUGCAGUGGCUGACAUGUUGCGUGAGAAUCGUAGCCUCCAGAGCCUAAACAUCGAAUCCAACUUCAUUAGCAGCACAGGACUCAUGGCUGUGCUGAAGGCAGUUCGGGAAAAUGCCACACUCACUGAACUCCGUGUAGACAAUCAGCGCCAGUGGCCGGGUGAUGCGGUGGAGAUGGAGAUGGCCACCGUGCUAGAGCAGUGUCCCUCCAUUGUCCGCUUCGGCUACCACUUUACGCAGCAGGGGCCACGUGCUCGGGCAGCCCAGGCCAUGACCCGAAACAAUGAACUACGUCGCCAGCAAAAGAAGAGAUAACACUGCAUUUCCCUUUACCAACCAGAGCUGGGAGCACUGGACACUUAAAUCCUCAUCUGUCCUCCUUUCCUGUAAAUAAAAGCCCUUCUGUCCA